AUGGGAGAAGAGCUAUUCCUUCACAUGAAUGGCGGCAAGGGAGAAAGGAGUUAUGCAAAUAACUCCUCUUUACAAAGAAAAGUAAUACUUGAAGCCAAGCCUGUACUUGAAGAAACAAUAAGGACGCUGUAUAUAGAUUCUUUUCCAGAUUGUAUCAAAGUGGCAGAUUUAGGUUGUUCUGUUGGACCAAAUGCACUUCUGGCCACAUCAAAUAUUAUUGACAUUGUUGAUACCUUGAGCAAGCACUUGAAUUGUGAACCACCCACAUUCCAAUUUUAUCUCAAUGAUUUAUUUGGAAAUGAUUUCAACACUAUCUUCAACUCUCUCCCUGAUUUCAGUAAAAGAUUACAAGAAGUUAAGGGGCACAAGUUUGGUCCAUGCUUUAUUAAUGCCACCCCUGGAUCCUUCUAUGGGAGGCUCUUUCCCAAUAAUUUCAUUCACUUUUUUCAUUCCUUCAACAGUCUACACUGGCUCUCCCAGGAUCCAUUGUUGGGGUUGACUGGGGAGACAGGAUCACUUAAUAAGGGAAACUGUUACAUAGUUAACACAAGCCCUUCAGCUGUAUACAAAGCUUACCUUAACCAAUUUCGAGAAGGCUUUAAAGUAUUUCUGAAAUCACGUUGGGAAGAACUUGUGCCUGGAGGGGCAAUGGUCUUGGUGCUUCUAGGUAGAGAUGAAACUCCUAGAAGAAACAUUUGGGAAGAAGUAGCCCUAACACUCAAUGUCAUGCUCUUGGAGGGAUUGAUUGAAGAAGAAAAAAUGGACUCCUUUAACAUACCAACGUACCAACCUACAUUAGAGGAAAUUAGGCUUGUGAUUCAGGAAGAAGGGUCAUUUUCUCUUCAAAGUCCGAAGAUUAUCACUUUGCCUUGGGAUGAGGGCGUAAAUAAAGGUGGUGAUGCUUCAUUUGUUGACGGAAAUACAAGAGCCGAAUUCAUAGCCAACUACACAAGAGCUGCAAUGGAGCCUCUCCUGUUAGCAAAGUUUGAUGCAAAUGUUAUAGAUGAAUUAUUUCUAAGGUUUAAGAAAAAGCUUGUGCAACUAAUGGAGGAGGAGAUAUUGGAGUAUGCUAACUUGGUUAUAUCCUUGUCCAAAAAUGGUUGA